AGUCAGUCCCCUGCCCCGGCCGGAGCACUGAGCCGCCGUGGCACAAUGGCCAACAAUAGCCCCGCGGUAGGCGCCGGCAACUGCCAGCAGCAGCAGGCGGCCCAGCACCAGGCCGGAUCCGUCCCGCCGGCCCAGCCGCCGCUCCAGAGCGGGGCCCCCAAACCGGCGGCCUCGGGCAAGCAGGGCAACGUGCUGCCGCUGUGGGGGAACGAGAAGACCAUGAACCUGAACCCCAUGAUCCUCACCAACAUCCUCUCCUCGCCCUACUUCAAGGUGCAGCUCUACGAGCUCAAGACCUACCACGAGGUGGUGGACGAGAUCUACUUCAAGGUUACACAUGUUGAACCAUGGGAGAAAGGGAGCAGAAAAACAGCAGGACAGACAGGGAUGUGCGGAGGGGUGCGAGGUGUUGGAACUGGAGGAAUUGUGUCUACAGCUUUUUGCCUGCUAUACAAAUUAUUUACUCUAAAACUCACUCGUAAGCAAGUGAUGGGCCUCAUUACACACACAGAUUCUCCGUACAUUAGGGCUCUUGGAUUUAUGUAUAUUAGGUACACACAGCCUCCUACUGAUCUAUGGGACUGGUUUGAAUCGUUCCUUGAUGAUGAAGAGGACCUGGAUGUGAAGGCAGGUGGGGGUUGUGUUAUGACCAUUGGGGAGAUGCUUCGUUCCUUUCUUACUAAGCUCGAAUGGUUUUCAACAUUGUUUCCAAGAAUUCCUGUGCCAGUCCAGAAAAACAUUGAUCAGCAAAUAAAAACCAGACCUAGAAAAAUCAAGAAGGAUGCCAAGGAGGGAGUGGAAGAAGUAGACCGACAUGCAGAGCGUAGACGUUCAAGGUCUCCAAGAAGGUCUGUGAGCCCCAGGAGGUCUCCUAGAAGAUCCAGAAGCAGAAGUCAUCAUCGGGAAGGCCAUGGAUCAUCUAGUUUUGAUAGAGAACUAGAACGGGAGAGAGAACGGCAGAGAUUAGAACGUGAAGCUAAGGAGAAAGAAAAAGAAAGGCGAAGAUCACGAAGUACUGAUCGUGCAUUAGAGCGGAGGCGAAGCAGAAGCAGAGAGAGACACAGAAGCCGUAGUCGAAGUCGUGAUAGAAAGGGAGAUAGAAGAGACAGGGAUAGAGAGCGGGAGAAAGAAAAUGAACGAAGCAGGAAAAAAGAUAGAGACUAUGACAAGGAAAAGGGUAAUGAAAGAGAGAGAUCGAGGGAACGGUCAAAAGACAGGAAAAGUAAGGGUGAAAUAGAAGAGAAAAGACACAAAGAUGACAAGGAUGAAAAGAAGCACAGGGAUGAUAAGAAAGAUUCCAAAAAAGACAGAAAACAUAGCAGAAGCCGAAGCAGGGAGAGGAAGCACAGGAGUAGGAGUAGAAGUAAGAAUACAGGUAAGCACAGUAGAAGCAGGAGCAAGGAGAAAUUAAGUAAACAUAAAAAUGAAAGUAAAGAUAAAUCAAAUAAACGAAGUAGAAGUGGAAGCAGAGGAAGAACCGAUAGUGUUGAAAAGUCCAGAAAACGAGACCACAGUCCCAGCAAAGAGAGAUCCCGAAAGCGUAGUAGAAGCAAAGAACGAUCCCUUAAACAUGAUCACAGUGAUAGCAAGGACCAUUCAGACAAACAUGAUCGUAGAAGGAGCCAAAGUACAGAACGAGAGAGCCAAGAAAAGCAACAUAAAAACAAAGAUGAGACUGUGUGAACUCAAUGAAAAGUGGAUCACAUUGAAUCCUAUAAAUCUUUGAUUAAAUCCUGCUUAUUUUUUUCUUAAAGUUGAGAUUGUGCAGUAGUUGAGCACUCUUUUUUCAACCUCCCUCUAGGCUGCAGAUUGUCAUUUCCUAUGUUGGGUAGGGAAGUGCCUUUGUAAUCCCAUUUGAUGCAUUGAUGGUUUCAACCCAUGUGUUUAGUUUAAUUCAUAAUGCAAAGAUUGUUCUUGCGUUUUUAUUGUUCAAAUGUUUCUCAAAUGUACAGUCUGUACAUAUGUCCUGAAAAUGUUUUAAUUCCUUUGGUAUGGUUGCCAUGUUGGUUAAAUUUGUAUAAGGCAAUAAACUGCCACUAAUUCUA